UUCAAAUAUUUUUCUUUUAAUUUUUGUGGCAAAAGAUUUUCUAUAGUCUUUUUCGCGUUUAAAUUAUUUUUGGAGAUGUAAAUUUAAUAACGAGCAAAAAUGUGUCUAAAACGCGAAGUGAGUGUGUGAAAAAUGCGAGAAUGUAUUAUUUUAUUGUUCAUGCUAUUGUUUAGAAACCAUUAAAUAAUGAAUUAUUUGUGUGAAAUUUUUUCGUGGAAAAAUGGCAAUUUUUCGAUUAAAAAAGGAAUAUGUAAUAGAUCAAUUUCUACGCACAUGUAACAAAAAUAUACAUUAUUUAUAAAAAAAUAGAUUCACUGUUAAAUAAUUAUCAAUUAUUGUAUUUAAUGUUUGUUAUAAUAAUGAUAAUAAAAUUUUGUUUUGACUAUUAAUGUUUAUUUUAUUUGUUUGUUUAUUUUGGAUUAUAGUAGUACUAAGUAUUUCGUAACCUAAUUAUUAUCUCUGUUAUAAAAAUAGUUAGAGAUUAUUUAAACUUUUUUGAAUGUAAAAUUUUCAGAAGAAUACGAUAAUCUUUAGUUUAAAAUCUAUAAUAUCUAUAAAUAUAAAUAUAAAUUAUUUCUCAGUAAUUGAGAGAGAGAGAACAUGAAUCAGUCUUUUAAAACAUUAAUUUUAUGUAAAUUUUAUAAAUAUUAUGACAGUAUUUUUUAAAUGUUUUAUUUUGGACUGUGUUUCGGUACUCUAUCUUUGUCUAACCAUUGUACGGAACACGAUAGUCAAAGAGAAUUCAUUUUAUAUCACAUGUAACAUUAUAAUGUAGAAAUGGUUCGUCUUUAUGCUCUAACAGCAAAGAAAGGCAAGCUUCGAAAAAAUUUCUCUUCUGACGUCCAUUUAAUUCAUGCAAAAUUCAUCUAUCCAGGUUCUUUAUCGUCCCGAUUUGUUACAAAUGGUCCAAUUGAAAUAGUAAUGUUAAUUUACAUGUAGUUUGAGAUGUAUCCGUUUCCACUUUUAACUUAUUAUUAUAUACCUUGAUCUAAGGUCGUAGGCAUUCAAAAGAUGUGAACAACAUUAUAAAAUGCCAAACUAUAUUGUUUUUUUUAAAUUACAAUUUUGAAUUUUUGUGUUCUUAUAUUUGUUAUACCUAUUAGAAUUUCACUUAAAAAAUGACAUACUUUUUUGUUUUGAAAUAAACGCAUGUACAUAUAAUAAGGCAACGUCUAGUAUGAAAUAAACUUUUCACACAAAUUUUGCAAAUUUAUAAUAUACUACGAUGCAAUAUUUUCCAUCUCUUGUCCUAUUAGAGCAUACCAGUAAACGAUUUUCAAAACUUAUUAUACGCGUAUAAAGUAUCUUGAUAUGAACAGUGGUAAUCAACUGGGGAUAGCAUUUUUAAUAUUUAAUGAGACGUUUGGCGAGGGUACCAAGUUUUUCCUUUUCAAUAGAAAGCGCGUUUAUUUUAUACUACAUGAUAAAAAGGACAAUACAGUUCUCUUUACAGUUCUUUUCAGUUCUCAUGGAUAUUAAAGAAUCUAAAGGUUAUAGAGGUAUUAAUUCCAUAUUUUUUCUUAUUUGCAUCCUCUAUGUAGGCUAAAUUGGGGGAAGAUGCCAUAUUGGGAAAGAUGCCACUUCUUGUAUUUUUCAAAAAUAAAUUAUAGAGCGUGCUAAAUUGCAUUGAAGAUAACAAAAUCAAUGAUAAUAAUCACAUGGCAAUACGCGUUAUUUUUUAUAAAGUUUUUAAAAUAUCAAGGUAAGUUGAAAAUGUAUACAUCAAAUUUAAUUUCUAUUAAAAUACGUAACUAAGUUUUGUGACUGUUUUUGUCAAAUCUUAUAACACUGAAUCAAAGACUAAACAUUAAAAUUAAUUAGAGUUUAUUUUUCCCUCCUUCUAAACUAUAUAUAUUUUUUAAAUAUUAUGCUUUAAAGUUAACCAUGGCAUCUUCUUCUAACUUACUCUAUUUAUUAAAUAAAUCAUUUAUAUUUUUUUUUCCUAUUAUUAUUCUCAAAUUAUUAUUUUAUUAUGAUUCGCCUUCUAAGUCUUUAUAUGUAAAGUAAGUCAAGGGAAGAUGCCAAUUGAGGUAAAAGUCACUUGGUUAUAAUAUCUUCAUAAAUUAGAAGUUAGUUAUUCUGAUUCUGCAUUAGAUUGUUGGAAGACUAGCUAUAAAAUGGAAUUCCGAUACUAAUAAGUGUCAGCAUAAAAUUUUGUAAGACUACAAAAAGGUAAGUCGUUCUAUAAUAUUUUAUAUUGCGAUGGCUAAGCUCUGGGUUUGAUGCUUAUUUUAAAGUCAAAUAAUUGUUAUACAGUUUUGAGCCACGUUUACAAUCAUAUGGCUGGUAUAGAGUUUAUAUUUUUUGUUACAUGUGCGUCGAAAGUGAUCCUUUUUGUGUCACUUUUUCGUGCCGAAGUUUGCUUUUACGAAUUUUAAAUAUUUAAAAUAAUACAGAAUUUUAAAUAUUUUAAAUAAUUUUAUAUUAUUUAAAUCAAUAAAAGUAUGGUAAUACAAGGAGUCCUUCUAAAAUUGCCUAUUUAUGUUUUAUCGUUUCAUUCUUGUAUUAUUAUAAUUUCAACGUAAUUGUUUAUCGUAAAUAAACAUGUAGAUAAACAAGUAUUUCUGUGUUACUGUCAUACUAGUUAAAUACUUUCAUAUCUUAUGUCACAGAAGAUAACAUCUUACCCAUAUUAUAUAUAUAAAAUUAAACUAUAAAAAAUUAAUAUAUAAUAAUAUUUUUUACACUUUUAUUUAUAAAUUAUUUACAAUUUACAAGUUAUUUUACAAAUAAGAAAUUAAUGUUUUAAGAGUCUAUUUUUUGGAGGAGAAUUCUUGCAAAACUGGCAUCUUUCUUAAUAUGUAUUUUUGUAAAAUAAAAAUAAAGAAACAAAGUGUAAAGAAUAUUAUAUUUGUUUUAUAGUUAAAUUCCAUAACAUGAUAAAGUUAUUUCAAAAAAAAGCUUAAGUGUGGCAUUUUCCCUUAACUUACCUCAUGCAUUUAUAAUUAUUUUGUGGAAAUUUCUUGUUAGAUUUCGUAUGGGCAGUUGAAAUACAUCGUUUAGGUUUGGAAAUAACGGGUUUGUGGCCUAAAAAUGACACAGCUGCUAUGAAGAAAUUUUGGUCAAAAUUUCAUCCAUGUAUUAUUUUAACUUUAAUAAUAUUUAUUUCUAAUGUUCCGAUGAUAUAUGCGGUUAUGCAAGCUUGGGGUGAUAUGAUACUUGUAAUAGAUAUUUUGCGUAUUGCAAUUCCUUUACUAGUAGUUCCUCUAAAAUAUAUUAUUGUGCGAUGGAAACGAACAGUUCUCUUGUCGAUUGUAAAUAUGAUGGCGGAAGAUUGGAUGACAUUCAAAUUGGAUUCAGAGAGAGCUGUGAUGAUAAAACGAGCACGAACGGGUCGAUUAAUUAUGAUUGUUGGAUAUGUUAUCGCCAUAACUGCAAUUGUUACAGUAGUUACUCCUACUUAUUUUGGCAUUCAAGUAAUGCGUGUAACGAAUUUCACAGAUGGAAAUAAGGCGUUAUUGCUGGAUACGUAUCCCUUCUACGAUACAGAUAAGAGUCCACAAUUUGAGUUGACAUUUUUUUUUCAGACCAUAACACUCUUAUUAGCAAUUACCAUUUACAUGACAGUUGAUAUUUUUUUAUUACUGAUAAUUCUUCACAUUUGUGGUCAGUUAGAGAAUUUUAGAUAUCGAUUGAUUCGUUUGGUCUCAUGCAAGAAUUUUAACAAUACUUUAAACAAUAUUAUAGCAUCGCAUUUACGACUUAUCAGAUUUAUCGAUAAUAUUGAAAAUGCAUACUCUUUAAUGAUGCUAAUAUUGUUGUUUUAUUUUGCUCUAGUAUUUUGUCUAAGCGGUUUUUUAUUUACUAUUAUACUUAAUGAGAGAAAAAAUGAAGCUAUUGUUACACAAGUAUAUUUUUCAAUAAUUCAUUUUACUAUAUUAUUGAUGAAUACCUUAGUUUAUUGUAGUGCUGGAGAGCUUAUACUGAAACAAUGCGAUGCAGUACAUCGUGCUACAUGUGAUCUUGAAUGGUAUAAAUUGGAAUCAAGAAAGGCGAGAAGUCUUAUUCUAUUAAUGAUAAGAACUCAUCAUCCUCUACGUAUCACUGCAGGAAAGAUUAUUCCAUUAACAAUGGCUACUUUUUGCAGCAUAUUAAAGACAUCGUCUGGCUAUAUAUCUUUCUUACUAACGAAACAUGGUUGAAAAUCAAUUUGUGAUUUAAUAGUUAUUAUUUACAAAAAUUGAUGUUUUUGCAAUGAAUAAUUAUUAAACAAUUGUAUUUAGCAAUUGUUAUAGAAAAAGUACACCGAGAGAAUUAUUAUUAAGAUUAUUUAUUAAAAUAAAGAAAAUGUUAUUUAAUUUAAAGAAAUUUAUUUGUAUUACCUAUAUUAUGUGAAAAACCUAAUUAAAUAUUUAUUUAAAACAAAUUAAUUUGAUUAAAACUUUUGUAAUUUAAGUAAAAAAAACAUUGUAAAAAAUAUAUAAGCUCUUUACAGUUUUUGAGGAUUCUUACAAUUAAUGUAAUUAUUGUAUAUGUAUCUAACAAUCAAAUUAGUUUCAGAUAUUGUUUCUAACUUAAAUUUACGAUUUGUGCUUAAAGUUUUGCAAAUUAUAUCAACAGCACAUAAUCUGUUGAAUAUACACUGAAAAAAAAUGCAAUAUAUUCAAUAAGAUAUGUUAUUGCGGGCUGCCAAUUAAAAAUAUACUCAAUACAAUAAUAUAUG